UGUCAUGUCAACUUCGACAGACUUUAGAGUGAUAAUUUAUUUACCACGCCUCCUGUUUGGAGGCAGAUGAACUUUGACACGGAACUUCCAACGACGCAACUCUACCGAGUAGGAUUCAUUUCCGGAAAAGGUCACGUGACUUGCAUCUCUAGCGGGGUACUGAUAUCCCCAUUACUUUGUGAACUGGUCUAGGUGCUGUCUUUUUUGGCCUUCAAAAUUACAUCUUUUAAUUUUCUCAGUAUCUAGGAGUUCAGGGAGGAGAGGAACGACUCAAUUUUUAACAUGGAGCCAGAAUUCGAUGGAUAUAUGGAGGAGGAAGAAGAGUGGGACAGGGAAGGAUUACUCGACCCGGCAUGGGAAAAGCAACAGAAAAAGGUCAGUCUUGUUCAACAAAUUUCUUAUCACUUAAGGUUAAUGAAACUAAAAUUAUGGUCAAAAUUAAGACGGGCCAAAUGUAGUUACAGCCCAUUUGUGACCAAUGUAAUUGUUAAUGAUUUAGUCAAUUAAAACUGUGUUAAACCUACUCGAAUCGUAAACAUCCAUGGCAGUCGCCAUUACGCUAGUGGGUUUGAUUGCACACCUAAUAUGGAUGAGGCACUCCGAGGGGCGGGGCUUGUUGGUAUCUAUAAGCGUAUAGGCAUACAACUUGUGAUUUUAGAAAAGAAUCGAUGAAAAAUAUCACCAUCCUUAACCAUUCAACAUGCAAUUUAAACAUUAUUUCAUCCCGCUUAUAUUAAUAAACAAUUCUGUUUUCAAAUGUAUCAUUACCAGGCAUAGAAUUACUACUUAUUUACAACUAUAACAACACUAUACUUGUACUUAACACUACAUAGAUUUAUAUUAAUACUAAUAUAUAUUAUCUAUACAGGUUCUUUAUUAGUAUACUAUUACUAUUAGUAUUUCGGCAACGGACUACGUUCUAUAUUUUAAAGUUCAAUUCAAUUGGCAUUUAAAAUUAUAAUAUAAGGCCUAUCAUUCACAAUUAUUUAAGGAGUAGCUUUUUACUUUAUUUUUAGGGCUGGGGAGAUAGGUUAGUCCCAGACUCAACGUGAGCAUUUAUGUGUGGUUAGACCCACAAUAGUUAAGUUAGUUCUAGGUAUCUGGCGUUCAGUUACCUAAUUAAAUCUGUUUCAAAUUAGUUUAAUUAGUGAAGGCUCUAAUAAAGUUCAAGAUUGAGGCCUAGGCUGUAAAGUUACACAAGAAAUCACUUUGAGCCUAGUUUAAUAGUUAAUAGUAAUCCAUCAUUACAAUUAAUUGUAGGCAUACACCAUAACUAACAGUACUAUCUAGUACUGAUUGUUUAUCAAUAGACUUCAUCACCAUACUUGAUGCACUCACAUAAUCUGAUGUAAUUGUUGAUCAACCUGUUUUAAAACAACCUACGCCUACUCAGGCCUACUCUCUUAUUAUUUUAAUAAAAAUAGGCAUGUCAUGGUUGACAAAAGUGAUAAUUGAAUUGACAUUCCUGGCCUGAUUCAUUGAUUUUUUUAGUGGAGUCAGAGCUCAAAAGGUGGUCUUUAGUGUUAGGAUUCAAUUUUUAAAAUUUAUAUUAGGCAUUUGCCUUUAAGCCAUGGUCAUAUAGUAUAGGCCUAUGCCUUUAAACCAUAUUGGCUUAGGCUUAAUGAUAAAAUUAUAUCCCUAGUUAUAAUUGCAAAUAAGGCUUCUUAAUAAAGGUGUUAAGCCUAGAUUUUACUUAGGUCUAUUUUUUUUUUGAUAAGGUGGAUCUAAAAUUGAAUGUUAAUAAUAAAAUAGUUCUAAUAACUAUGCAGCUGGGGUAGAAUAAGUUCUAAUUAUGCAGCUGGGGUAGAAUAAGAAAUAAUACCGAUGAAAGAUUGUAGGGCUUUAAGUAUAAUGAUUAAUAAACUUACUCCAAUUUGUAAAGUUAUUUCCUGGUAUUUGACAUUACACUAUUUACAUUCCUGGAUGAUCCCUCUCCUCUUUAUGCCCCAAUUUAAAGUGAGCUUUGAUUAUCAGCAGAUUCUUCUUAACUUAUACAAGCCUAUACAAAUUGGUUAGCUAUUAUUGGUUUAUUUAGUUAAAAGUCAUUUUUGUUUUUCCAUAUUUUGAUUAGUAAACUACUACUAGUCGUAAAAAUCCUUCUAUGUAGGUUGAAUGGAAUUAUUUUUCUUUAACUUUGUAUUUGUAUAUCUUUAAGUUUUUGCAUUAUAUUUACUUUUUAUGCUCACAACAGGUGCAAAAUUUGGUUUUCAUGAUUUUUUUGUAGGUUUGUCAGGUUAGAGUUAUGUGGACUAUUAAUAUUAUUUAAAAGUUGAAGGCCCAAAUUUUAUGUUGCAAAGAUACUCUUAAAUUUAAUAUUUACUAAAGACUCUUUGGAAUUAUUUAAGCUUUAUUUGAAAAUAUUUAUAUAUGGAAAUUUAAAUACAAUAUUUUUAGAGAAAAGAGUCCAAUUAGUUAUAUUUUAAAAAAUGUAAGUUUUAUCCCAAUAGUUUCGUUACGAUUUCUCUACUUGACUGGUCUGUGGUCUACUUACUGGUUCCCAUCCGUUUCCAAUUUACGGAUACUUGACGUGUCUAAAUAGCUGCUCUAGUCUGAUUAGUGAAAUGUGCCUUUUAGAAUUAAUUUCCUUGGGGGAACCCCAAAGGUCUACCAUAUGUCUUAGAAGAUAUUAAAGUUUCCUGUAGUAUCUGGGAACCCUGAAAAGGGGUUGGGAACCUCUCCUCUAAUGCAAACUAUCUGGUAGCAACUGCCUGAUAGGUGUUUGUAUUUUGUUAGUUCUGUACUUCAAUAUCAAAUUCUGCUUGUUUUCUGUGCUUCACUUUGUUGUGAAAGAAAGAGCAUGAACUGUAAUUAAAAUGACAGAAUAAAAUCAGUAAAAUGUUUGAUUAGUUACAUAUAACAAAAAUAGGGGAAAUCAUUAUAUGUCAAAGUUCAAAAAAAAAAUUAUUCAAAGUUUCUCCAUAUAAAAUACACAUUUAUAAUACAUUUCAUAUUUUAAUGAAUACCCACAUAUAUAUAUAUAUAUGCCAGCUUAACAUAAAUUGAAAUGGAAUUUCUGAUAUUAAUUAAUGAUUAGUUCAAUAUAUUAUUUAUUUUAGAAUAAGAAUUGUAGGACAUGGCUAUUGAACAAAAAUACUUGCUAACGUAGCAGAUCUGUAGUCAAGAUGGAUCUGCACAAAAAGACAAAAAGUGAUAACAAUUGGUUCAGUGCCAGGUAUUUAGUCUGAGAAAGCUCUUGCCGGGCGAAUACGCAGUAAAUGGCACAUGUGUAAACGUGGUGUUUUGCCGGUAGAUGUUCUUUUGCUACGUGUGGCUGUAGAAGCUAUUUGUACAUGAUGCUCAUUUAUUAUAAAUUAUGGUCAUGACAUGUACACUGUACAGUUAUUGAUGGCUGCUGUUCCUCAAGUUUUAAUCCCAAUUACUUUUUCCCCCUAAGUACCCUUGCGGCUAUAGGAAAUGUAACCAAUGGACAUGCAUGCUGCAAUAUUGUAAAAUUAAUUUGUUUCCGAGAUAGAGCCAUCGCCGCGUAUUGUUUACCUGUGUCCCGUGACCGAGAUGGUGAAGCGUGUAAUGGUAUUCCCUGGGGCCCAGCUGUUCAUGUCAGUCAGUCGUAUGCGAAAUUUAAAAAAAAAACAAUAAAUUGACCAACUGGUAGGAAUUUAGAAGAAUUUUUUAAAAAAUUAAAUGGCUUAAUAAAGUAUAGUCAAUAACUUAUUAAUGAUUGUUUGCAAGAUUAACCGUGUUUCGUUUUAUACGUUUUAUGAACAGCAUGCAAAGACAUUUUAAGCUCCUGUUAUCUGCUACCUUUUCAAGCAAGUUAUAUUCCCUACCUACGCUAUCGCAUUCCCUGGGCGCGUCUCGGGAGUAUGUCAAGCACGUCAUGUUUCGGCCGCAGAACGGUAUUUUAGUAUUGAGCAUUGGCUUGGGUGGGGACUUGUCAAAAAUAAAUGUUGAACUGGUGGCCCUGUCACUGUCAUUGUUUGACAUCGGCGCGGCGCACUAAAUCGGGGUGUUUGAUUAUGUUUAACAGACUUAAUUAAAGUAUGUGCUAAGGCAGAAGUUGCGAACCCCCAAACAUAACUAUCUACCAUUCCACCCCCAACCCCCCCCCCCCCCCCCCCCCCCCCCCCCCCCCCCCACUUUUCCCCCCAAUUCGGCUUGGGGGAUAGCUAUGCAUUUAUUCAUACUUGGCGCUAAAAUUUACAUUAUAAUCCUUUGUUUGAUUGUUAGUGCUGAUCACGGCUUUAUUUGUUCAUUAGAUGAUAAACGUCGACGUUAUAAUUAUAGUUAUAUUGGACUUGCCCAGAGAAUACCUUUACUAAAUGCCGACUGGUUCCGAAGAACUCCAAAAAGUGUCACCCAGGUAGCGGCACCCUCCCCACCUUACAUCACAGCAUUUGUUGAUUUAUUUAGUGUUAUGUUCAGCAUAGUUUUGUUAAAAAAAUAAAUUUUAAAAAAAAUUUGGAAAGUACUGUUUCAUAUCAAGGUAAUCUUCCGGUGCCUACAGCCAGUUCACAUAUUCACCAGGUGUAAAAGUCAAACAAUGUUGCACACGUGAUUUCGGUUGUGGCGAAAUUUCGAUAAGUGCACCCAUUGUGAUCUGCUCUGUGGGUGAAUGUGCCACCACCCGCCCAGUUUAAACGUGUGUGCGAACUUAAGAAACUUAAGAGUUCCGAUGCUAAAAUGACGCCGGUGUACUUACUGAUAAUGGCAUUGCAUGUAGAUGAGUCACGCAUGUUUAUUUUACGCUGGGUUUGCUUUCCACUGCUAAUAAUAGAGUUCAUUUCGAAUUUAUGUCAAUCUGUCCUUUUAAAGCACCAUGUUGACGGUAUUUAAAAGUGUUUCAAUUCUUGUAUAAUUUAAAGGGUGGCUGGUGCGCAAAGCAGCCUCUACUUGUAGUAUGCUACAGCAGGGGUCCAUUAAUCUCUUAUGUUGUGGACAAGGUGUCCAUUUCCUUUAUAAGAAGGGUUCCGUGGCCCUUACGUGCAGUGAUUAUUUCAGAAAUUCUCUCCUCCCCCCCGACUUUUUCGAGGGGGGGGGGGCAGUGCCAGUUGAUUUAUUGUUGGACAUAUUUUUGCCCCGGGGCACUUGCCCCCCCCCCCCCCCCCCCCCCCCCCGCCCGAGAUAAAGCUGAAAGAAACCCUGCUCACGUGUCCGACCCAGGGUCCCUGGAACAAAAGAGGGCUAAGAGCCGUGAUACUUAAGUCUUAGUCUAUCAAAGCUUUCCCCAAAUGGUGGUCAGCGGACCGGAACCAGUCAGCGAGUCUUACGUUGCCGCUCCGCACAACAUGAAUGUUUAUUAUUAAAUUGAAAUUUAAGUAUAAUGCGUAAAUCUUCACCGGUCCCUGGGCCUGAUGCAAUGUCGAAACUCGUUCACCGGUCCGCGAAACUUUAAAUUUUGGGAAGUCUGGCUUAUAGUAUUCCCCAUAUAAUUUAGCGAUUGACGUAAUUAAUUCGAAUCAUUUAGCAGUUUCAAUGCUCCCAUACAGGAUAGAGGAUCCUUUUAAAAAGCUGCACCUUAGUGCGUUCCUAAAAGUAAUUGUGAGUAAAGUAGCUGAUGGCCGGCUUGUAUAUUGUUUGUUGCCGCCCCCCUCCCCCACCACUCAAUUUUUUUUCUUUGCAAAGGAUGAUUCAUCGUUAUGACUAUGACGGCACCAACUUUAGUCAGGCUAUAUAAGAGGUUUGUCCCCGGAUCAUGCCUUUAUUUGGGAAACCUUGGUAGUUAGUCACACCAUAAUGUAGUCAAGCGUGUAGGCCGCAAGAUGGUCUGUUGUCAGCUUGUAAUGAACACGGCUGCGUACGUAAACGGUGUUCAUACGGCCUGACCUAAAUAUUCCUACAUGGUUGACCUGCAUUCAUGUUGUAAUUGUUGCCGCCAGUGUCCUUGUUUUAUAUAGCUGUAACCGGGUGCUUUGAAACUGUGCAAGUGGUCGGCCGAGAAAGUUCUCUUGGCUUGGGGGAUUGGUGUGGUAGGGUACCAGCUUAUCGGCUGAGUUCAAGUGUGAGUGUGUUGUUUACUGACAAUGCCAUAACUUUAUUUAAAAAAUGGUUUAACACUAAAUUGAGCAACGGGCUCUCUGUCCCAGAAUAUAUUUAUAUUUUAAAUGAAAGACAAUGUGCACAUAAAGAAUAGACCUAAAUAACGAUAUAAAUAAUGUGAAAAAAAUAAUUAUCACGAGGUUUUAAGUCUUAGAAAAGGCCUGCACAAUAUGUGGCCCGCCGGUACCCACUUGGCGGCCCGCGAAAUAAAGAAAAAGUCUUUAUUAAUAUUAUUUUUUAAUUAGCUUUCGCCCCUGUCCUAUCAUCUUUCGCCCCGUACAAGUUUUUCAUAAAGCCUUACAUUUUGAGUUGUGCAGGCCUGUCUUAGAGGCUUCAGUUCGAAACUUAGUUUUUAGAAUGAAAUCAUUCGCUCCUGUAUGAAGAAGUAGUACAGUCAUUAGCCCGAAAUGGUUUUGUAAUUAAAUGUAAUACUAUAGCUAUCAGACUGGAUUAAUUGGAGCUACCGGAGAAAUGUACUUUUAAAUGUCACUUUAAUAUUGUUAAAUUAGCGGCCGACUUGUUUGUUAAUAUUCCACUAUAAGGCUUACUUUGUUUAACGCUCUUCUCCGAGUUUAUAUUUUCCUGCGUAAUAGGUAAUUUUAAGCUAUUUAAAAGUAUUCAAAGGGGAAAUCGAUGAAUCCAGUGAUUCAUACAUUUUUCAUUCUGCUACUUGUUGAUAGUGAAGGAUGCACAUUUGAUUGCCAGAGCAGAAUGACUCACAUUUUUUUUUAUUAGUCAAACGUUUUAUGUCAGAAUGGUUGACUAUUAAGUCUGUGGAUACGCUAACCCGUUAUCGAUUAGUUUAGUCACAUUUCUGUAUGGGCACUUCCAGGAAAAAAAGUAAAAAUCAACACAGUUCAACUUUGGACUUCUGUGUUAAAUUAGCUUUAACAGUUUAUGUAUACACACACACACACACACACACACAUAUAUAUAUAUAUAUAUAUAUAUAUAUAUAUAUAUAUAUAUAUGUGUGUGUGUGUGUGUAUACAUAUAUAUAUAUGAAAUGAAGAAAAAAUCAUGUUGCCAAAGCAAGUUCACACAUGCGUACAUACUUUAUUUCUCUGUUAUUUUUUUUUAUGGGAACGUUUAUGUAUAGAAUGGUCUAAUGGGGUCACAAAGCUAACGGGCGAAGUGUCGACACACUUGUUGUCUGGAUGAGCUUAAAUACUUUCUUAAUCCUUUUUAACAAGUAUCUAAACAUCGUUGGAAUGCCACUUUAUCAUAUGAGUACAAAUAAGGCCAUCAUCAUGACCUUAAUUCGCGCCCUCCUCUGUUUCCCUUCUCCGCGUUAAUACCCCCCCCCCCUUUUUUCCGUGACGCCACGGACAGUGAGUGAGUCAUCGGUUCCCAAAUAGCCCGGUUGGCGUCCUACAAUCAAUACAUUUCCUUCCUAUAACAAUAACAACGAGCUUCAUUGUUUUUGUUUUCUGUGUUGACCUGAACAUAUAUAGUUUUUAUCUACGUCUUUAAAAAAAAAAAUUAAAAAAUGUCUCUAAUCUUUGGUAUCAAAUUCACCAUGGCCAUUGGUGAACGGUGCUAGCAUGGUUAUUGGCCUAGGUAUUUUCUUCUGCUUGUUCUCUUUCGUUUAUGGAUUACAUUUUUCUCCCCUCUCAUAUUUCCUUAAAUUCUUAAAAAGCAUACUAUAUUUAUUAAGGGCCCCCUUCUUUUUGUCCCACCUCUUGUACCAGGCAUGUUAAUCAUUUUAAGUUUUCUAAAAAAAAAAAGAAAAGAAAAUGAUAUUUUAACCUUGCGACAUUUUCAUUUGAUGUGUCUUAUUUUAAAGUUGAUAUUAUUGUGCAUGGUUAUAAGGCUUAGAUUGCUAUUUGACAUGUUAAUUUUAACAUUUUGUGAUUGUCUUUCAGACGUUUACAGCAUGGUGCAACUCUCACUUACGAAAAACGGGCCCACAAAAUCAAAUAGAGAAUAUAGAGGAGGAUUUUCGAAACGGACUCAAACUUAUGUUAUUGUUAGAAGUCAUCUCCGGGGAACAUUUACCCAAGCCGGACAGAGGCAAGAUGCGCUUCCACAAAAUAGCCAACGUCAACAAAGCUUUAGACUUCAUAGCCUCAAAAGGCGUCAAAUUGGUCUCUAUAGGAGCCGAAGGUAAGGGCCUUUUCCUUUAAACAUUCCUGCAUCAAUACUUCUUCUUCUUUAUUUUGAGGGCCCACGAUCAAUGAAUUGAUCAUUCUGGCUCCUAUGUUUCAGAGGGGUUUGCAAUGUUACUGUGCAUGGGUUUCAAGGGGAUACUUAACUGGUUGCAAGGGCUACUCAGCAGUAGUGUUACGAACUGGGGUUUGGAAUACAGGAGGCAAUAGACACAAAUGUGUCGAGUGUAGGCGCCUCAACUGUUGCUUUUGGAAACUUGUUCCAGUCCCCUAUUGUCUUCGGCAGGAAUAAGGAGCUCCUGUUCUUUGUUCUUGUUUUUACCAGCCAGAACUGUCUGUUGUUGGCCUCAUCGCUGUCUAGGGGAAAGAUGAACGAGUUUCUAUUUCAAAAUAGUAUUUGAUUCCGGAGCAGUGGACCAGCCCAUUUUUGAUCUUGUACAAUAUGUUGAGCCUGGAUAGUCGUCGUACUUCCAAUGUUGACCAGCCCGGUGUUUUUAACAUGCUGCCCACACUUGAGGUGUUUCUGUAGCGGUUCAUGACAAAGCGUGCUGCCCGUCGCUGGACCGCCUCCAACCUGUCAAUGCUUUUCUGGGUAAAUGGGUCUCAGACUGUAGUAGCGUACUCUAAAAGAGGCCGGACAAAGGCUUUAUAGGCCUUUUCUUUCACGCUUGAGUUGCUGAUCUUCAGAUUGCAUCUAGGAACCACAGGGUCUGGUUUGCCCGGUUGCACACACUAUUAAUGUGCUCGUCCCAGCGGACCUCUCUUUGAAUGGUAACACCCAGUUACUUUACGGAGGAAACUGGCUCAAGAAUAUGGCCAUGCAGUUCGUAAGAGUGGUUUAGAGGGGAUCUGCUUCUGGAGACUGACAGGGUCUGGCACUUGACGGGAUGAAAUUCCAUGUCCCAGCUCAUCUCCCACUCAGCUAACCGAUUGAGGUCUUGUUGGAGCUGGCUCUGGUCAGAGCUGUUGAGGAAUGUCCUACUUUUGGUUUUGCAUGAUGCUGUUUUGUCUGAUAUAAGAUAACAACUCGUUCUCUGGUUAUAAUGUCAUAAAUGGUUGCACGAGUGUUUAAAACACAUAUCUAAUAUUACAUCAACAAGAUAAAACGCUGGCAGGGUUAUAGUCCUUAGUUGAUAUGAGGGUUGGUCAAGGUGGAAUUUUUUUUUUUUUUUUUUAAUAGUAUUUGCUGUGGUUCUAAGAGCAGUUGAUACAUCAAACACACAGAGAUACAUUCACAGGGGAAUUUGUGUUUUCCUGUUUUCACAAGGGUCACUUGCUAAGUCAGGAGUAGUGAUUCCCUCUCUGGUUAGUCACCACUUGACACCCGAGCUCUUGAGUUAAUUAUUAUUUUUUUUGUUGUUGCUGUUGUUUGGUGACCUGGAUAGGUCGAAUACAAAUGGCUGAAAUUGAAAGCAUGCGGCAUGCAAUAUUUAUCUGGCCAUUAAACUGUAAUGCAUCCCACUCGUUGUUCGCCAGCUGCUGCGGUGUGUAGCAUCUUUAGGGUUGCCACAUUCAGGCACCACCGACCUUUUUAUUUUAAAAGUUUCGUGUUAAAAAUUUUAACCCUUGGAAUGCACCACACCAAUGACGUGGCCAUGAUUGACCUUUGGAUAAAUCUGCCAGCCUGUAGACGUAUCUUUGGUGUAAAUGAUAGUUUUCAAGAAUAACUGUUUGCAAUCUCCCCCCCCCCCCCCCCCCCCCCCACCCUCUAACAAUAAUUUCCACCAAUGUUCCCUCUAAGGUUUGUUGGUUCUUUUGCAAAAUCAUAAAGUUGUGUGAAAAUUUUUACAGCAUCAAUUUUUUUGUGGGCAAAAUUUUCAGACUACAGACACAAACAAACACUUAAGUGGAAAUUAGCUGCGCGGUACUCAAAACUGCUGCGCGGUGUCUGUGAGAUUGCUUCGCAGCCGCGCAGCUUUAAGGGAACAUUGCUUUCCAUCCCUUCCCAAUUAAAAGCCAUAUCUAUCUGCAUUCGAAUGCACACAUGGAGAUAGCAGAUGGUUCUUGAUAUAUUUCAAUUUCAGCACCCUGUAAAAUGUAACCAAUUAUUCCUAUUGAUCUUUUCAACUGGGUCAACAUACUGAUGAAUUCUCUCUCUCUCUCCCGCCCUCCCCUCCCUUCAUACCAUACAUUACACCCCCCCCCCAAGCCACCAGGAUCAACAAAGAUACUAUUAUUAGUUAACGGCAUUCAGUCAUGACCAGGUGUAAUGUCAUCAUAGCUGGUGCAUUGGCGGUUCAAUAUUAACUCCUUAUUCCCAAGGUUCUCGGUCAAUGUUUAGUUUGCCGUACGUUACAUUUUUUCGUACGCUCUUCCUCUGAUCCCGCCGCUACAAGAGGAUCAUGUCAGAUAAAAUAAGCGAAUGUUCGGUAGUAAACGAAAGCAAUUGAGCCAGUAUCCCCGAAAGCAGCUGUUGAGGCUGCCAUUGCAACAGUUCAUUAAGUGUUGACCAUUUAUGGACGUGUCACCGGUAAUCUCUUAGUAUGUCCAACAGCUUGCUCAUCCCUAUCCUUUUAUUUUAAUAUGAAACCAUGACUUUGGUAUUUACGCGUGCAAUACAUUUCGUUACGCCUGUAUGUCAUGCCACCUGGUCAAGAUUAUAUGAGAGGUGAAACUAGGCUAUCCUAAAUUUUAGACGAGGAAUUUACAGCUGGUCCAUUGAAUUUUCAUGUAAUGUGUUUCAAUCUUAAAGGACUGGCCAUAUUGGGACCGUUCUCGUAUUUAAAUACGACAGCCCAUCCUUGGAGUUUCCCUCAACACCCACUUACUACGCUAUUAUCCAAGUGGCUCACGAUAGUAAACCCAGGGCGAGAGGUCAUACAGAUGGAUAUUUUCAAUAGCAGAUUAGCAGUCCGAAAAAGGAGACAUAGGAUAGAUAAUAUGAUUCUAAAGUAAUGUCUGUCAAAUGAAUAGGUUCAGCUGCACCUAAACAUGACAUCUUAUUAACACGAGUCCAACGCUUUCACCCAAACUUCCAUUUUUUCGUGAUUCCUUUGUUGGCGAUGUGCUUCACGUCACGGUUAUUUUCCCCAAAAAGCAAUUUACUUAAUACAAUCUUACACACACACAGGUGGACCUUAAUAUUCUGUAAGGUUGGCCUCAGGGAAGCCACCUGGUGUGGUCUUAUUGUACGAGCAAUUCUGUUUUGCUUUGUUUUUCAGUGUGCUGAAGGUUGCCUUAUCUAUUAACUAUGCACUUAUUCCCGUAGCCGUACCUAAAAUUAACUGUCAGCUAGCGUCGUAAAUGUCACUUAGGAUUGGGGAGUCGGACGAAAGAUUUGUAACACCGUCCAUAAGGAAAUAUUUUAUUUAAUAGCUAUGAACCGCAACGAAAUUGUCUUACUCCGGAGCCGUAUCCCCGGAAUAUCUUGUCAUUGAAGAUAUGCAGCUUCUACAUCUUGCUGUCAUCAUCGGGUUUUAACCUUUGAUACCCUUUUAUCAUAAUCAUGCUGCAAUCCAAUUUGCAAUGACCAACAAAGCACACACAAUGCACUCUGUAAAGGAAAGGGACUAAUUGUGUUGUUGCCCGCGUGCUUGUCUGCCAGAGAUGUUUUCAAACGUACACCUGUGUACCUACCAAGCGACAACACAAGAGCGUGUACUUUCCAGGCCCCAACAAAAACGGGAUGUGCUGACAGGGGGAAGAAGACGCUGAGUGGCAACUUCUCAAGCAAUUUCGCGGAACACACUUAAUGGGGAUACACCAGAGCGUUGAUAAAUCUUUUCGUGUCAGCUGAUGGCUUACAAGUUGAGUUUAUCACAUCUGGAUCUGGCGUAUAUAUAUAUAUAUAUAUAUAUAUACACACAUACACAUAUACAUACACAUACAUACAUACACACACAUAAAUUAUGUAACAUCAAAUCUUAACUCAAAAGUAUUCAUAAUUAGAGACAGCGGAGUCUUUAAUAAAACAAAAAUACUACCACAGAAUGAGAGUUUAUCCAUUGCAAAUUAAACAGAAAGGCAGUGUAGCAUCCAGUAGUUUUUCUUACUUUUUAAAAAAAGUCGCAGAUUAAGUUGCAAGCCCACCACCCGAACCCCUCAUUGCCUGCAUGACUUUUCUGUUACAGGGAGUACAUGUCAAGUAGCAUCCACUAUCCCAACCUCCCUACCCCCCAGCUACUCACAUUUACUAGUGCAGUGGUUCUCAACCUUUCUAAUGCCGCGACCCUUUAGUACAGAUCCUCAUGUUGUGGCGACCCCCAACAACAAAAUUAUUUUCGUUGAUACUUUAUCUUUGUAGAGUAUAUUUGUUUUCAGAUGGUCUUAGGCGACCCCUUGGAAAGGGUCGUGCGACCCCCAAAGGGGUCGCGACCCACAGGUUGAGAACCGCUGUACUAGUGUAACUGCUGUAUAUUUAAAUGUUUUUUUUUAGACUACUACACAAAUAAGUCGUAACGUUGCAACUUGUCCGACUGGUUAUUUAUACUUUGAUGGGAACCAAGCCCCAUUUAUUUGUCCCAUUUCCGCACUGGUAGUAGCCGUUCUCAACAAUUUAACUCGCCCACCCGAACACUUUUUUAAAAUAUACUUCUCAAGAUAUCUUUUCUACACAGGGUCACAUUCAAUCAAUUUACUAGUUACUUGCCCAUCCCAUUCGAAGUUAAAUACGGCAUGACUUGUUCUAGUUUGAGAAUCCGUGUAUUUGUUAACAAGCGUAUCCUGGAGUUAAAGAAUGUUAUCUUAAGUGUAAGCCCACUGCCGUAAAUAGUCAGUGAAUUAUGCGCAUUCAUUCCCGUAUCGUUUUAGAUCUCACAUAGCGGAAUAGACAGAUCACACACAAAAAAACGAAAGCGCCCUCAAAUAAAGUAACACUCUGUAGGUAAAUGGAAUUUCGACCAUUGCAAUUUCCCCUUUCAAUGUAUUAAUGACACCCUAGUUAUUUUUAAUAUAAUCACAGAAUGGAUUCGUUCUCGUUGGGGCUAAGCCCAGUCAAAGAGAUCUGGCACACGGCAAAGCUGUGGGCUUUCACUGAAAUGCCUUCAUACCGAUUACGCUAAUAAAAAAAUCUCAAUGCCACAUUUAAUAUGGGAUUUAUUCAUAGGUGGUUUUUUUCCCAAUAUAUAUACUUUUUUUUUUACACGCCCCCUUUCCAGUAGAUUUGGAAUUUAUUAGAAGUAGCUGCUAAUCGCAAAACGUUGAACACAAACAUAAUUUAUUUAGAAAUAAAUUUAUGGGACACAUUUUUUUUUAAAGCCAAAGCCGGGAGAAACAUUUAAUUAUUGAUCACUUUGUUCAGAAACAAGUCACAGGUAGAAGAAGGAGGCACAUACAUUAUAAUGGUCAAAGUUUCUCGGACUGGUCAUUCGUAUUGUAUUGGUUGCCAGCUCCCGGAAAGUUCACGCAGAGCCGUGUUGUGCUAAUGUGACAAGAUCAGAAUUUGGAGAAACUGUUUUUAUAUAAAGCAGGCCUGCACAACUCAAAAUUAACGGCGGGCCGUAAUACUUUAUGAAAAUCUUGUGCGGGCCGAAAUAUUUAGUUACUUCGGGGGCCGCGCAGGCCUGCUUAAAGGGGAUUGACAAAAUAUCAAGUGCUGUGGAUCGCUUUAUUAACGAGGUCGCGUUAAUUUGGGGUUUCACUAUUUGUAUGCGACCUAAAACCGUAGCUUACAAAGCGCUCUCCUUGCGAAUAUUAUUGGAAUAAAAAACAAUUUGUUUGCUCUCAUUCCAAACUGAAGUUAACUAAUUUUUAUACUUUUUUUUUCUCUUUCCUUGUUCACUUUAAAAAUGUCGGGAGCCAUACAAUAACCACGUUGUAUCCAAAUGUGCAGUGCUAGCGCAGUUUCACUGUAAUUUUAUAUUACAUGUACUGCAAAAGUCCUUUCCAUCUAAAAAUGUAAAAAGCUGUACCGGUAGUCAUUUCUUCUUCUUCGCCCCCCCUCCCCCCCCCCCCAACCCACCACUAACUAUAAUAUCACCAGUUCAUCUAAAAAUGUAAAAAGCUGUACCGGUAGUCAUUUCUUCUUCUUCGCCCCCCCUCCCCCCCCCAACCCACCACUAACUAUAAUAUCACCAGUUCUUAAUUCGGGUGAAUGGACAACAAACCUUGUGAUCCCUAUCAUUGGCACUUCAAGAACCGACAACAAACAUAAAAACGGUCCAGUUAUUUAAAUAAUAGCUCUAGCGUGCAUGCUCUAAUGUUACCUUAUUGACAUGACGCCCCCCCCCCUCUCAUGCAUCACAAGCAUCCUAUUCCCCCAAAAUAAAAUGGGGGUUUCCGUAAUCCAGUAUACACACGUCUCUACCUUUAUAGAAAACUGCUUAUAAACAUCGUUAAUUGGGGUUUAAAUCCAUGUUCUUGUCAAAUGAGCGUAUCACUUAACCGACCGCCUGUUGGAUGAGGUCAGGGUGCCGUUUGAAUUUCCUCCAACUCUUGCACCUGUCUCGUUUAUUAUGGGGUGGGGUGUGAGGAUGGGUUGGGGUGGGGGGAAAUGUUUGGGGGGGGGGUUCGAAUGCACCAUCUGGCAUUCUAUUGCAGAUGUAAUCGCUGAAUAUUUUUUCAACCUCACCUCACCCUGCGGCGCAAAUGACAUAUUUGAAUAUGUAAUUCAUUAAGUAAGGACCAUGCUACCCCAAUUAGAAAAUGUCGAAAUUGACACAGUUGUGAUAAUUCUUUUUAUUUUAUCUUUUAAUUCUAUUUUUUUAAUGCAUUAAUUCUUAAUUAAUUUUGUAUUGCAAGUUUAGAUAAGUGAAAGGUAACUUCAUUGUUUAUUAUCGAGAUAUCCUGACCACGUGUCCAACCCGUGAAACAUUGUGAUUGUUCACCCAGAUUUAGAACACGGUAGAUGUGUCCAUAGGAUGACGUCAACUAGCGCUUAUACUCAUACCUUUGAUCAAGUAUAUCAGAAUUGGGAUAGAUAGAAAAAUCUAUCAGUGCGUGUGUGCAUGCCGUCGCUACACAAAUUUGUGACGUCACAUGUAAGGGAAUUUCACUGAAGACUAAGUAUGACGAGGUUUAGCCGGGGUGGGGGGGAGUGGGUGGGUGGGGGGGCUACAAAGCUAAGUGUAACUGAGAUUGACAGUAAAUAGUGUUUAUAUCUAUAAACGAUUUGUGCCAAUGGCACAGCAGGUGUGUUGUGUUAAAAUUACAACACACUCUUCGUUACACACGCGCGUCUUGGCACUAGGCAGCAGCUGGCUGUAAAACUGCCAGAGCAGCAACUUGCACUACUAGUAACGGUUUGCGGCGGCAAGGUAAAAAGGUCAUCGUGGAGACUCCUAUUCACCGUGCUAAGCACAGGUAUCCGAACAGUAAGCGCUUUAUAGGCUCGCUCGUGUCGCUUCAGGAAAGCUGUCAGGAAAAUCAGCGUAACGCUAUUGUUGGUUUCACCAUUGUUUGGUCGAUACACCAGAUUGCCCAAUUAAAUUAUCAUACCAGGGCUUUUAAAAAACAGCAUAAAAGCACAGUAUUACUGUCAGGUUUUUUAAACUUAAAGAAUUUAUUUUUAGCGCGCCCCCCACCCUCAUUUUUAAAAAAAAUAGCAAUAAAAUUAUGAAGUAGCAACAGUUUAAAAGUAACUUACAGCCCCCCCCCCCCCAUCUAACCUACUGUGGAGGCCUGAAAUAUUCAAUCAUACCUAAGCCGACAGCUUGUACUUAACUUGUAGGAUUUUCCGUGUUCUGGUGUUCAGCAUAAUUGCUGACUGUACAGAUGCAGCUUGGACUUGGACCAACCUGCGGACUCACUUUCAUUUCAUGCCUCACCAAAACCACGCAUUUAUCACAAUAACAGGUUGGGUUGAGCAGUUAAAACAAAACAUCGUUUCCUUCUGUGGUAUUCACGCCCCCCCCCCUCCCCAAGAGUUUGUAGGAUUUUUAACACCCGAGAGCCCGAUAAAUAUGCUUUCUUUUUGAUCGGCGUGGGCGUGAUUAAUUAUUAUUUUUAAAAAAAUUUAGUCUGCGAUUGGGUAUAAAUGACCGUGGCUACCAGCAGUAUGGUUUGUCUUUUCUAUGUAAUUGCAAGCAAUAUCCAUAUAUACUUUAGGCAUGACUCACAUUGACUUCCCCUUUUGAAGCCGUGAAUGUUAUCACUUGAUCAUAUUGUCAUGACGUCACGGCGUUAUCCAAGGCAAAUUUCGAGCACUACUUUCAUUCUACGUCUGUAAAUAUGACUGUCUGGUUUAGAUUUAGCGAUACCGGUACGCUAGCUCGUAAAAGUAGUAUUUUAGAUUUUUAGAUAGCAGGCGAGUCAUAAGUUUAGAACUUUUCCCCUUGGUUUGUUAAGGUAAUUUUAGCUUCAGGAAUCUUGUAUGUAAUUGAAUAAGGCUCUGUUCACAUUAGAGCCGUUCUCACGAUGAAAGUAGAGCAGCCCCUGUUUAAUUAUCGUGUGCACACCUCUCACUUUCUAGGGGCACAGCACGUGCGUGGGUGCAGCCACCAGGCAGCUUUUCUAUUCCUGCAUUUUAACAUACUUUGACCCAAAAUUCAGCCGAAGAAAAGGAAAAAUUCUCUAUUACUCACUGUCUUAUAUUUCCAGGUAGCACUUGUCUACCUUAGAACCCCCCCCCCCUACCCCCCUUUUUUGUGUGGCUUUCUCUUCUCCCCCCUUCUCUUUCUCUCUCUCUCUCUCUCUCUCUCCCCCCCNCCCCCCUCUCUCCUCCUCCUCCCCCACACACAUUUAAAAGCACAUUUGUUGUGUAUUUUUGGGAAAUAAGCCCACUAAAACGAUCAGCACAAUAAAAAAUAAAAAUACUAAAAAAAAAACCAACCAGCUCACUAAAACGAUUGCCACACUAAAAAAAAUCACACACUAAAAUAAUCAGCAUCUUUAAAAAAAAUCACACACUAAAGUAACCAGCACAUUAACAAAAUCAGCACACCAAAUUUUAAUAAUUAAACUGAAAGAUGAUCAAGCAAUGUUAUUUUAACAAAACCUUUUAAAAUUUAUUUUUUUAUAAUUUUUAUUUAUAACACUUCAUGGGAUCCAUGUGUUGGUGCUAUUUGAGUCUUUAAAUGAGCACAAGUAUAAUUAUAAUAAUAAUUAGAAAGCAAUAUUGUGUUUCGAUGCCAUCUCUAGUUUAGUUGGAUAUAAAAAUUAUUGGUAGUUUUCAAUAAAAUCAAAAAAAAAAAAAAAUCAAAAUUUGAUUUUCCUAACAGUGCAAAUUUGCCCACUCAAGGUUAUAUUUAAACAAAUUUGCAACAUUCCAUCCAUUUAUGUAUACAAUUUAUUGUGCUAGACACUCCUAGAAAAUAGAUUUAUUAAAACCUGUUGAAUUUAAUGAACACCCUGAGCUGCCACUUUAAAUGUGCUGGCUUUUUGAAAGGAGGUGAUGGGUUGGGGCGUUUUUGGACAGGCCUGUGGCCCAUUUUACAUGCUAUUGCUUUUUUUAAUGAAAAGAUUCCACUGUCAGUUAAUGUGUUCUUCCUCAAGCACAACACACACACACACAUCCUAAGGUACAUAAUUAUUAAAAAUAUAAUCCCAGCCAUAAUCCUUAAAAUAUUCUUAAAAUAUAUGCAUAUAAAAUAAAUGUAUAAAUUAUUUUUUUCAGAAAUUGUGGACGGAAAUGCAAAAAUGACACUAGGUAUGAUCUGGACAAUUAUCCUCCGUUUUGCCAUUCAAGAUAUCACCGUUGAAGGUUAGUGGAAACACCUAAAUAAAUCACAUACUUUCAGUGCAUAUUGUUGUAUCAUUCUGCUGUUUCUAAUGUUGCCUUUUGCUGGAGAAAUUUAUGAAAAAUUUUCAAUUUUUAGCAAAUCAAUAGCUUUUGCUUUAAAAAAAACCUAUUUUUAGCACUUAUUUUAAAGUUAUCUAUUGUAUCCUCCUUUCAGAACUGACAGCUAAAGAAGGCCUGCUGUUGUGGUGCCAGAGAAAAACUGCUCCUUACAAAAAUGUUAAUGUACAGAAUUUUCACCUGAGGUAUAUGUUCAUUUUGUCUGAAUCAAAUUGUAUCUAAUUAAUAAUGAAUUUUUAAAUGAACUCUCUGCCUUCAUUUGAAAGUUUCUUUUACAUGAAAGGUACUGUAUUACAUCAUUAAUUUAUUUUCCUUCUUUGUGACAAUCUUUUGGUUGUGCACCUUUGUCACAUUUUUUUUGUUUUAAUUAAAAAAAUCCAAUAUGCUAUUUAAAAAAAAUAAUAGGGAUUUAAUCCAGGUUCAUGUUACAGAUUAUCAUCAAUUUUUUUAUAGUUAAAUUCCCUGAUUAAAGACACUAAUAAUAGUAAUAAUUUAUUUACAGAUUUAGGAAUCAUUCUUGACCAAAAUUUUAAAUCUAAAAUAUAUACAUCCUACAAUGAACAUAACUAUUUAACCAUUUUGUGGUGAGCCUUGUUUAUAGAAAUGGCAACAUUCCAUACAUUUUUAUUCCUGUUUGGAUGACAGGUUCAAUAAACUUAAAAAAAAUUUGUUUUGCAAUUUGAAAUGUUAUGGCUAAGGUCAAAACAAUACUUGUUGAGGUUAUAGUCACAGCAAAAAAAAAAAAAAAAAAAUGGUGUUACUGUGAGUUUGCAUAAACAGCCAGUAAUUAGGGGGCGCGGACAUUGGGACACAUCCUCACAAACACUGCUUCUCUUUGCCUAGGGCUCAGUAAGAAUGUUUAGAUUCAUACAAAAAGGUUGUAUCUGAUUACACAAGUGUAAAGGAGUUAGCUGGGGAAAGGGAAAGGCAAUUUAAGCACCAGUCUGUCCGAGAAUGAGUGUGAGUCAUGGAGGAAGGUUAUAGCCCGAUGCUAAAAGAAACUAAUAAUUUGAUGUGCUUUUUGAAUGAGACAAGAAUCAAUUCUUGAAAGAAAGAUUGGGAUUUUUAUUAAUCAACAGUAAUAAAUUAAAUGCAAUGAGAAAGGUAUCUAAGAGGUCACACCCUCAACCAGUCACAUGUAGAAACAUAAGUGGCAAGAUAUUACUAUAAACACAACACAAGGGUUUAAAAUGGAAUUAAAUAUACAUUUAACAAAAUUCAAACUUAGUUUUGUUACAAAUAGGUGGUAAUAUUGCAAUAACAUCUGCAACCAUUUCAGCUGGAAGGAUGGUUUAGCCUUCUGUGCUUUGAUCCAUCGACACCGCCCUGACCUCCUAGACUACUACAAGCUCUCUAGGGUAAUCAGAUUCCACUGGCCACUGUUUGACCAAAGAGUGCUACCUAGUCUGCUUGCCUUUGAUUAUUAUUUUUUUUUUCAUUUUUAGUUGUGCAUUUUUAUCUUGCGGCAAUUAUUGUCUGAGAAGACUACUUUUUUUUACUAAUUUCUUUAGUUUUGCUUUUGUAUUAUCAGCUUCACAGAAAAAAAGGGGGGGGGGGGGGGGUGGGGGGGUUGGGAAUCUAAAGAAAAUGUACCAUAAUCUUCUCUUGUUCUUUUCAAGCUAGCCCUAAAGAUUUUUAUAAAAUAACAAACCACUGAUGUAUUCUGCAAAAUGCACCUAUUACCACAUCAUAUUAAACUAAACUACCCUUUGCAGCUCUUGAGUUUUUUUUAAAACUUUUUAAAUAUGAAAUCAAUGCUAAUAGUUACAUAGCACUCUCCAACUGUCCAUCCUUGGUCACAAACACAUUUGUUCGCUUUAUGAGAGAGAGAGAGACUUUUUCUCCCUCAAGCAUGAGUGCAUGCAUAUGAGUGUUAAAGCAAUCUGUUAAAAUAUUAAUUUAGUUUUGUUUUAAAGAAAAUUCAUAGUUGAAACCAUAAAUAAUAGGAAAUUGAAAUUUAAAACUCUAAGAUAAUCUCUAAUUUAAAUGAAUCUGAAAUUGCAUACAACUGGUGAAUGGGUACUGUAUAUACUUGUGUAUAGGUCAAACUUUUUUAAAACUAAAAUUUCUAUAUCAAGAGUGUGACCCAUCCACUUGACACCAAAUUUGUUAACUGUUAUUCAGUGUAGAGUCGUUAUUUAUAUGAAAAGUCUGAGAAUUGCUUUCUCUGUUGCUCUCACUUAUGCUCCAUAUAACUGCAAAUACCUACAUUAACAAUCCCAAAGGGUGCUAUCUAUCCAUUGGUGUGACCUAUACGCCAGCAUAUACAGUAUAUUAAAAUGAUAGUUUUUAAAAAAUGAAAGCCAUCGUCUGCGGGUAAGGUUUUUGUGAUCACUGUAGUUUGUCUAAAUGGAUAGCUGUCUGGUUGUUACAUGUUUGAAUUUUUCUCACUAAUACGUCAGUUUGUUUUCUUUCAGGUAUGAUGAAGAAUGAAUUGCAUUGCCAAGUUUUAUUUCAAUUUACUUUUUUUUUCCCUCACUAAUCAAAGGUUGAACAAUAAUUAGCUUUCAGUCUCUAAUACAGCACCUUUUGCCAUGAUUGUGUACUGAAACUAAAAACAAGUCAUUCCAUUUUGGUCAAAACUUUUAAGCAUGAUUAACAAAACUGCUGAUUUCAACUGAAUAGUGUUUUUAAUUAGAAGUAUGUGAAUCUAUAUUUUCCCCCAAUGUUAUCAAAAUGUUAAUAUUUGUAAAAACAUUUUCCCAAAAACAAAAAUUAAGUUUAAAAAAGUAUCCAAAAAAAAAAAUCAUUGUAAGAAUAUAUUCAGUUGGAUUCAAUAGUUUUAUGGAACAUCUUGAAAGUGCUCCAUAAAAAAAAAAGAAGCUUUUUUUAAAAAUAUUUAUUUUUACAAUUUUAAAAAUUUCUCUUCUGAAAAUCUUCUGGCUUCUCUCUUGCAUGGUUUGCGCUUGUCUUCCUCAGUUUUAAAGAUGGUCUCGCAUUCUGUGCACUCAUACACAGGCACCGGCCUGACCUUCUCGAGUACCAUAAUCUUACAAAGGUAACAAUAGAUGAAGGUGUAAGUUUCAAAAAGACAUGGUAGAGUCAAUUGCAGAUCUCCCAGCAUAAUAUGUUUAGAGAUAUCUUUAAUAUAAAAUAUAUUUUAUUAUGCUGCUUAAAUGUUUUAUGUCAAUCUAAUUCUCAAAGUUGCCGUUCUGUUACUGUCUUCUUUACACCUUAAGUCUGCUACAAAUCUGCUUGGUAGUUUUGCUUUAUUUAAAAAAUCAGCUAUUUUAUUUAUUAGUAUUAGCAUUUAGGAAAUUCGUUCUAUAAAAUGUAUGUAUUUUAAAAAAUUCCUUAUAAUCUUUUUAACACAGCUGAAAGUUUAAAAAAAAACCCCUAGUUUUCUUUAUUAUAAAAUAUUUUACAAACUUGUUAUAAAUAUUUUACAAACUUAUAUUUAAAUAUGUUUAUAGUUAACUUAACUUGUAUAUAGCUUAAAAUUAUAAUAAGGAAUUGAAUACUUUUGCCUUUAAUAUAUUUUUGUAUGAUUUAAUCAAAGUUGUCCCUAUGGUAAUAAAGGGUUUGACAAUAAGGCAUUUAAACAAAUAAACUGCUACAAAUUAAAUGUUUUCUCUGUACAGGAAAAUCCUUUAGAGAACCUGAACACAGCUUUUGAUAUCGCAGAAAAACAUCUGGAUAUUCCCAGAAUGUUGGAUCCAGAGGGUAAGAUUUGACAGAUCUGAACAAAAUCCAAGGGUUUUUGGGGAAACAUCAAGUAAACAUAAAAAAAAAUUUUAAAAAUUCAAAAUGGAAAUAAAUUCUUAAAACAACUUUUGUACAACCUUUUUAUUUUUUAGUGAUAUAGUUCUGAUUUAAGAAUCCAGAAUAUAUUUAAUUUUGCUUAAGGAUUAGAGUUUUUUUAAAUGUAACUAAUAAAAAAUGUUAAGUUUGAUAACAUGAUCUUAAAUGAUCAAUAACACAAACUUGGUUAGCCUCAGAUUUCAUAUCAGUGUUUUGAUCUAUUUCAGACAUGAUUAACUCAGCCAAGCCAGAUGAGAGGUCUGUUAUGGCCUAUGUGUCUUCCUAUUACCAUGCAUUCUCUGGUGCUCAACAGGUAAGUGGUUAUAAAUAAAUAAGCCAUCUCAGUGGAAUUGUUAAUAUCAACAGUAGGAUUGGAAUUAAAAGUGGAAAGAUAUAUAUAUAUAUAUUAUAUCUAGUUCAAAUGUGCUUUUCUUCAAAAUUAAGAUAAUUUGUAUAUAAAAUAAAAAAUAUCACACUUUUUUCUUUCAAGGCUGAGACAGCUGCAAACAGAAUCUGUAAAGUCCUAAAGGUCAACCAAGAAAAUGAGAGACUUAUGGAGGAAUAUGAAAGGCUUGCUAGUGAUGUAAGGUUUCCUUAAACUUGUUAUAGGUUAUAAUUCUCAAGAUUUUUGUGUGCAAGUUAUCCGCAACAAGUUAGUUUCCCCUUCUUUAUCUAUUGGUGUGUGUUUUGCAGUCCUGAAACCAUGUAUUUUUUAAACAUGAAUUACCUUUUAAUUUCUUAGCUCCUUGAAUGGAUUCGUAGAACCAGGCCAUGGCUUGAGAAUCGCACUACAGACAACACUCUGCCGGGCACACAGCGAAGGCUGGAAGAGUUCCGUGACUACCGCCGUAAACAGAAGCCACCUAAACUGGAAGACAAGGCCAAGCUAGAGAAUAGCUUUAACACAUUGCAGACCAGACUCAGGCUAUCUAACAGACCAGCAUAUCUCCCGACAGAAGGAAAGAUGGUUUCGGUAAGCUCUAGUCUACAGUUGGAUUUUUGGAUCAGUUUGAGGUUGUGUGUAGUUUAUUUACAUUUUCUUACUGAUUAAUCCUAAUAUUGUAAUUAAUACUAGUAUAGUUGAUAUUAUUUUUAAACCUGUCACAUUUUCUUCACUAGGAUAUAGCCAAUGCUUGGAAAGGUUUAGAAACAGCAGAGAAAGGCUUUGAAGAGUGGCUUCUUUCAGAAUUACAAAGGUUAAUAUUUUGUAAUUAUUUUCACAAUAUUGGAUUUUUAUGGUGUGAAAGGAAUGUAUCUCAUAGUUUGUUAAUUACUUAUCAAAAUUUGUAUCAAUGAAAGCAUCUUAUCUAUCAGGAAAUUUCAAGUAUUAAGUAUUGCUACUGUGUAGUUUACUUUUUUUUGCUGAUGUUUUUUAUUCACAAAAGAUGAGUUGUAAGGUGUUGUUAUAAUAACAGUUUCUGUUUUUAGGAAUUUAUCAUUUUGAAAAGUUUUUGAUCUCAAACCUUUUGUUUUUUAAAAACGUAUUUUAUUUAAAAAGAGUCUGAGCACUUUUUUAAUUUGUUUAAAAAUACUUAAGAUUGGAGCGUCUGGAUCAUUUGGCUCAGAAGUUCCGUCACAAAUGUGAAAUUCAUGAGGAAUGGGCUGCCGGCAAAGAGGACAUGCUGAAGUCAGGAGAUUUCAAGAAAUGCAGACUGAAUGAGCUUAAAGUAAGUGAAACGAUGAAAGCUGCUGGUUUUGUUUAGUGUUGUGUUUUUUAUUAUUUAGCUUAAGUUUUUAUAUGGUAGUUAUUAGAAGACUAAGUUUGUAGUACAUAAGAGAGAAAUUAUACAUAUUGCUUAGUCCUUGCGACUAUAUUUGAGUAUAUUAAAAGCAACACACAAAAAAAAAAAGUCUGUAACUUUUUACAAUUAUGUCAUUUUCUUUGACUGCAUUAAAGUUGUUUGGAGGAAUGAAGCAAUAAUCAUCAAACACUUCAUUCCUCGGAAAAAUAAAAAAGUCUGUAAAGUCCUGAAGGUCAACCAAGAAAAUGACUUAUGGAGGAAUAUGAAAGGCUUGCUAGUGAUAUAAGUUUUACUUCAUCUUUUCUUAAAAUUUUUGUUAACUUUCUUGUUUUUUUUUUGCCAUCCAAGAUUUAAAGUCCAUAUUAUUUUUCAGGCCAUGAAAAAGAAACAUGAAGCGUUUGAGAGUGACCUGGCAGCACACCAAGAUAGAGUGGAACAAAUUGCAGCUAUUGCACAAGAACUCAAGUAGGUGUUAUUUAUAUAAGUUAAGAAAUUGAAGGUACAUUUAGCAGACCUGUUUACUCUUACGAUUUUGGCGUACAAUGUACGAUUUUGAGGUGUAUAGAUUGUAUAUACUGUAUGUUUUUUUUACUAUGAAUAUAACGUAUUAUAUGACAUUGUGAUGAUCUUGUACGAUUUUAAGAGUUUGAGGGUAAACAGGUCUGAUUUAGCGAAAUGGAGCCUUUGGAUAAUUAUUAUGUUUUCUAUUAAAAAGUGUUUCCCUAGUUGGUAACUGCAUUUUAUUUAGUUUAAUAUAUUACGAUUAGGGGCCUAAUUUAUCUAUUUGAGAAAUCAUGUCAUUUUAUUUUAAUUUUUCAGCUCACUGGAUUAUCAUGAUGUAAUUAAUGUUAAUGCCAGAUGUCAGGUAAAAAUAAUUUAUAUUUAAUUCAUUUGUUCACAAAGUCAUUUUAAGUAUUGUUAUUUGAAAGUUAGGUGAGCAAGACUAUUGUUCUAGCAUGUAAAGUGACUUAAUGAAAAGGUGGACAUUGAUUUCAAAUAUUUAUUUUAGCUAUUUUACAUGAUUUUAAUUUUCUUUUUAAAAAAAGCAUAAUUAAAAUUUCAACUAUUGUAAUGAAAACCUGUGUCUUGAUUACAUCAGUGGCUGUUUUGGAAUAACUAAUCAUGACUUGAUUAACAGCGUAUUUGUGACCAGUGGGAUGUAUUGGGUCAGCUCACAACCAAGAGACGAGAGGCUCUGGAAGAAGCAGAAAGAAUUUUGGAGACAAUAGACCAGUUACACUUGGAAUUUGCUAAGCGUGCAGCUGUAAGACAGAAAAAAUAUUUUAUCUGGCUACUAUGAUCAUUAUUUAGGGGAAAAAAUAUUAUUGUUUGAAAAAAUAAAAAAAAUUUUUUAUGGUCUAUCAACAUAAUAAAUGUUCAUAUUAAGCAAGGAUUGACAUAAAUUAUGCAAAAAGUAUUUAGUAUGCACUAACAUAGUGAAGUAAACAUUUUUUGAAUUUUUGUAAUAAUUUUUCUAUUCAGCCCAGAUGACUUCAAGCAUAUGCCGUUGCUUUUAUCUCAUAUAUCGGUUUUUGUUUAGACAAUGUGGAUUCCAAAUCUUUGGGACUCUUAAGACAGAUCUAAAGUCACUAUAUUCAGCUACCAAUAAGAUAUUAUAAAUAUUAAAAUCAAUACAAAAGCAUUUUCAGUUUGUUAAGACCUGGUUCUCUUCUUCCAUGAAUCUGUAAUAAAGUUUGAAUACAUGGAAGGCAUACAACAGAUAUCAAUCAUAAGUUAACUCUCAAAAUAAAAUUAAUAUAUUUUUGCUGAAGGUGAUUCAGUAGCAUGAAGUAAAGAAGAAAAAAAACAACAAAAAAACCUGAUAACUCUUCUAUUGUAUUUGUAUCUUUCAAUGUAUAAAGAACGUACACUUGUGUUCUUAAAUUAAUUUUAAAAGGCUUUUGGAAAUGUAAAAUACUAUUUGGAUACAUGAUUUGAAAAAAAAAAAAACAUAAAAAAAUGUUUACAUUAAAAAAAAUUUACAAUGUUUCACUUUGAAACAAACAUAUAAAUUACAGUUUAAUGUUGAUGUAACAAAUUUAUACUUGCAUACAAUCUUACCAGCCAUUCAAUAACUGGAUGGAUGGGGCUAAAGAAGAUCUUUUGGAUAUGUUCAUAGUGCACACAACUGAGGAGGUUCAAGUAAGUAAGACUUUUCAUUUAUAUUAGAGUAAAUUAGUUAUUUUUCUCGGAAGGACAAAUUUAGUUGCAUUAUAAAAUAGGGAAGUAAAAUGCUUUUUAUUAUAGGGCUGAUGGUCCUAAUUUUUUUGGUUAGAAUUACGUAAAGAUUUGAUUAAAGAGUAACAGAAAAUUCAUAGCUUAAAUUUUAAAAUUUUUUGUGUACAUUAAAUUUGAAAAAAUAUUUCAAUUUUACAACUAUUAGGGUUUAAUAGAUGCUCAUGAGCAAUUUAAAGCUACACUGGGUGAGGCUGACAAGGAAUAUGCCACAAUUGUAGGACGAGUCCAAGAAGUUCAAAAGCUAGGUCAAAAGUUUGGUAUUACCCCACCGGAUAACCCUUACACUACUCUUCAUGCCCAGGUAUGUCAUUUAAGACUUGGUAUUUCGUUUUAUUUUAUUUUUGAAAAAUAAAAUUUGAUUUGGUGGUUUAUUCCAAUUUUUUUGUAAGAAACUUAGCGGUCUCUUACUCUAUUAUUCGACUUUUCCAAUACACAAUAUUUUGCACCCUUUUCAUUUCUGUUCAUCAAAUAUAGCUUGAAGUUAAUACAUUACUGCCAUAGUUUUUAGUAAUAAUUUACUAUUAUGAGCUAUCAGUAAUACACUAACAUCCUUACAGCAUCUUAACUUAUAGGAUAUGUUUGCAGAAUGAAAAGUAAUUGUAUGCAUGAAUGUUUGCGUAAAGACCCAUGCAUAAUAACUAAACAAAAACCCUCAUUGAUAAACUGUACUAGUUCUCAACUUACCGUUCUAACUUAGUGAUUGAUAAAUGGAAAGAAUAGUUACGUGUUAGGCAAAUUAAAACUUAAGAAGUUGAAGAAAUCCUCAGCUAUUGAAGAUUUAUUACCAGUCCCAAAAAUUGUUUCAAUUGAUAUCAGUGUAAAUUUUAAAAAAAUGUUGAUUAGGAAGACUAAGCCAUUAUAUUUGUUUCUUGACACCUUUGGAAAUUAUUAAUUUUUUUUAUUGUUGGUGGGGGGGGGGGGGGAUAAAAUUUUAUACAUAUUUUUCUAUCCCCAUUGCUAGAGAGGGAAAGCCUAGACAUGCCCACUUUAACUCACGAACUGUGGUCGGCCAAAAAAAUUUGCUGACAUUCUCGUACUGUACUGUGGCGUUCAAAAAAAAAACACGGUCCGAUAGCAACUUUCAAUCCAAUAUUUAACCGGAAUUAUUGCCACUUCCUUUUAUUAAUAAUUAAAUCAUCUUCCGGUUCAAGCUGUUUCUUGAUAAUUUAAAAAUAAGUACUUUUUAAUCAGAGUUUUAAAUCACUUUAGUUUUUGUAAAAGCUAAAAUGGUUGAAGCUAUGGCUGGGCCUUCAGUCAAAGAACUAAUAGAAAUAUGUUUGAAAGCUUUUUAGGAGAGGUUUUAAGUGAUACUGAUGAUGAUUUUAACAUUCCCCAUGACGAUAUCAGUUGACAUUAUUCGUCUCUUGAAUUUUAUACUAGUCUUAGUGAUACUGAAGUAGGCCUACUGAGGCUACUGUUAGACUUCGAGCCAGGCCCCGAGGUUGGGCUAUUUUGACUGAAUUUUAGUCACAGAAGCUACAGAUUAUAGUUCAGAACUAAUAAAUUUUAUAAUUAAACAACCCAAAUCAGUCCCACAGUUCCUUAUUAAAUGUUUACUAGUCAAUAAUAACUAUUUUGCCUGAGAUUUUGUAUUUUGUACUUGGUUUUAGCAGUGGUCCCAGUUUCUUAUAUAAAUGACCUAAAAUUACUAAAAUUACUUUCAGAGGUUUGAUUGCAAUCAAAACCUUAGCAAACUAUACUAUUUCUGAAAGAUAAAUGAAUUGGCUACAACAUUUAGAUUUGUGUUUUAAGUGUAUCUAUAAAAAUUAAUGAUGUUAUGAGCACUUGAAAGCAAGACAUUUUGUCGAUUUUUUUUUUCUUGAGAACUCCAAGGUCAAGGACAAUGAGCAAAAUUUUUUUACAGGGUGGGAAAUCUGGCCAACUUUAUCCCCAUCCAUUUACCUUUCUAAAAAUAUAUACUUAUUUGGGUCUUUUAUCAAUAUUUCUAUGUCAUUUAAUGCAAUUUAAAAUGACACUCAAAACUCUCUGAAAAAGUUCCACACCACAGAAUGAUGCAUGCCACAGUCCGUGGGUUGAGAUUGUAUUGUUUAUAAUUUUCUAGUUGAUUCUUUUAUUCUGGUUGCAAACUAAAUAUCUACAUGUAAAAAAAAAUAAUAUACACCCCCACCCCACCCCCCCCACCCCCCGGCGCAUUUUUUUAGUUUAAAAAAAUUAAACAUAUAUUUAGUUUUGUCUCCGGCCAAAAAAUUCAUUUUCCUCUUUUGUUUUUAGAUUGUUUUGCGUGUUCAUAAAUUUUGCUUAACUUGCUUUUCUAAUUUUUAAAAAUUUUUACAUUUAUUUUGGUGUGUUGCCUUGGACUUGGGCGUAGGAGGUUAGUAUUAGUCAGUAAGUGUACAUAAUAGCUUCAGCUUGAAGGACUAUCACUGUUCUUGAUGUCUGUUUCUCAAGUUUUCUCAUCAUUGGGUCUGUGUUCUUUGUUUUCUCUGCGUUUAAUGUAUCAACUGGAGUCCCGGAAUUGUCAUCCUGGAGAAGGAGAUGCGUUAAUACUAAUGCAUGAUUUAUACAGAAAAAUUGAAAUAAAUAAAAAAUAAUAAUAAAACACUAUCUCAAUGUGCUGACUUAAUUUUAAAAGAAAAAAAAAAGAGAAAUCUUAACUACCAACUUCUCAGUCCCAAUUUGGCUGGUCUAUAUAGAUACUAAUUCUGUGAUCUUUUCAAAAUCUGUAUGUAAAUUUUUCUAACAUUAGCAUGUUUAAUUGGAUUAUUGCAUUCAUCUUCAGUGAAGUUUUAACUUGUUUCAACAAAUUUCCUUUGGUUCUAUGAAAUAUGACAAAAUCCCUGCUUUCUUAAACUUAUUACAGUAGUCCAAAAUAAUUUUACAAAUAAACAAUUAAGAAGAUGCUUUUUUUUUUCAACCUGAAUCUUAACACAACUUAAUAGUCUAAGUCUAAAUACUGUAACAUGGCUUUGAAAUGGGUUAAAUGCAUGGGUUAAAAGUGUAUUUCGAUGCUGCUCCUACACAUCAUUAUGUGUUUAAAUAGUAUUUUCAGUGAACAAAAUUCAGUUUUUUUCUUAAAUUUGUUGGUAAAUGGGAAGCAUACAACACAGCUAUAAAUCAUUUGAAUUACUUGGUUUACACAUGAAUUUGUUUUUACAUUUUGUCUUGUUGGUCUGCUAUGUCAAUUACUGUAUCAGUUUUAUUGUAGUGAGUCUCCUGUCAAUGUCUAAAAAAAAUUGUAUUUGAUAAUAACCAACCAAUCUGUUUGUAGUUAAUCUCUGAUAAUAUUUGUUUGUUGUAACUGAUAAUAAAAUCAAACUUUCAAAACAUAAUUUAAUAACAAGCUAUCAAGUAUCUUUUGUUUGUUGUUUUCCUGUAUUAAAUGCACCAUGUGUCGCUAUGUAUAAAUAUUAUAUUCCAUUGAUGUAACUAUUUUAGAGCUAGGUAAACAAGAAAAUUUGAAUGGUUUUUUAAAAACAAUUUUUCUCAAUUUCAUUUACCUGACAGAAUUGAAAGAAUGUUUACUUUAUUGUUUUUACAUUAAAAUAUGUUUUUUGAAUGCUGUUAAAUAACUUUUUUCAACUUUUAAAAUCCGUUUUUAUAAGCACAGACAAUUUAGAUACAUAUUUAAAAUUUCUGUUAUCCUUUAAUGAAACUUUUGAUUCCUUAUUAUGCUUAUAUGGUUGGUCGGGUGGGGGAUUAAAGUUAAAAUGGUGGGUUAAUGCAUGUCAUUUUGCAAGAUGAUUAGUAUUGUAACUUAAAGUUUAACUGAAAAAGAAAGGACCGAAAAGGAAAUUCACACCCUAUUGCUUACACUGCAUUGUAAUGGUGUGUUGGAAAUAAUUAAAAUAGCUUGUUAAUAGUGUUUGUGAGCAAUAACAGACAUCUAACUCUAAUCACUACGAUGCACUUCUCUACCAAAAACAGCCUUAUGUUACAAUGGUUUAAUUGUAUUUAUUGAGCUAGCCAUAGUAAAGAACUAAAUAUGUUAUAAAUCUGUGAUUCAGAUACUAAAUUUUGUUUAUAUAUUACUAUCAAUUUCCCAUUAUACAAAAUUGUGUAUCUUUACACUAACAAUAAACUUAAUUCAGAUAUAUUUUCAAGUUCUGAAUUAUAUUUUUUAGCUACAGUCUUUUGAUUAAGAGGGCAAUCAUCUUAAAAUACAAAUUUAUUGUAGCAUAUUUGGUUUGUUUCUAGGACAUUACUAACAAAUGGGGUGAGGUUAAGCAGUUGGUGCCACACCGUGAUGUCACACUACAGCAAGAGAUGAUGAGACAACAGAACAAUGAAAGACUUCGCAGACAGUUUGCAGCAAAGGCAAACGUUGUUGGACAGUGGAUUGAGAACCAACUGGACGCAGUUGCAUCAAUUGGUGUGACUGGACGUUCAUCAUUAGAGGAACAACUUAAGAAGCUCCAGCAAUUUGACAAGGCAGUUGUUGCUUACAAGCCAAACAUGGAAGAGUUAGAGAAAUACAAUCAGGUACUUCAGAGCAUACUGAUCUUUUUUAUUUUAUAUUAUGCCCCUCACAGGGCUUUAAAAAUUGCACCCAGACCUCCCAAGGGAGGCGAUGCGUUUAAUAACAUUUGUUAUGGUGUCAGCAGUCUUGCUCUCACUAAACGUUCAUUGAGCAAGCUCGCACCCCAAGACAAGGACAGUCAUAAUGGUUAUGGUCCUUAUCCAGUAUAAUCAUUUCCAAUGUGUCAGGUUUUAUGGUUUAUGACAGUAUGUAUCAAUAAAUUUCAUUUGUUGCCAAUUUUUUUGUAGACAAAGACCUGAAUUUAAAGCAUUGAUAUUCUUUAAGAAACUGCAUAGGGUAAUUAAUAUGUACAUUGGUUUAUCAAUACAUUUAUAAAUAUAUUCAAACUAACCCUUUUAAAGAAAAAUAAUGUUUGGAUAUAGUUAUCUCCCUUGCACCUGAAAAAAAAAAUUAUUUUAAAAAUUGACCUAUUUCAGGAAGUGCAAGAGGCAAUGAUCUUUGAGAACCGUUACACACAGUAUACCAUGGAGGUAAUGAUAUUUCAUUGAUUAAUACAUUUUUAGUAUUACAAAUUAUAUUAGAUCUAUAAUUGUAUAUUAUAUUAGAUUUUAAAAUUGUCUCACUUUUUGAACAAUAUAUUUUCUUACAGACGUUGCGUGUGGGUUGGGAACAAUUGUUAACUGCAAUUGCAAGAAAUAUUAAUGAAGUUGAAAACCAGGUAUGCAUAGUUAAUAAAAAAGGAUAAUCAAGAUUUUACUAAUUUUUUGUCAUGCUUUUAAAUUUUAUGUGAUUGAAAUUUCAUUGAUAUUUUUGGUUAUUUUUUCUGUAUUACAGCUAUAUCUUAGGUAAUUGAGUGUGAAUUUCAAUAGGUCUUAAUUUUUCUAAAUACUCUGUUUAGAUCUUGACCAGGGACUCAAAGGGCAUCAGUGAGGCUCAAAUGAACGAGUUUAGAAUGUCCUUCAACCACUUUGACAAAAACCGCACAAAGAGGUUGGAACCAAAAGAAUUCAAAGCCUGCCUCAUCAGCUUGGGGUACAAGAUAAGAGAUGACAAACAGGUCUAAUUCUUACAUUUUUAAUGUUAUUUCAUGGUUCUCUCAAAGUUUUAACGAUGCAUCCAUUAGGUUUCAUGCGCAAAUCUUCAGACCAAUUUAUUUUUUAAAAUGUAUUGGAAAUUAUAAUAUUUUAAAUGUGCUACAUUGCUCGGAAGGUUUUAGCUGUUUAGUCCAUUACUUGGUUAUUUAUUACAUAUUACUUCACUGAAAUAAAAUCCAAUUUUUUCAUGUUACUUAUUUUGGAAAGAUCAUAGCAAAAGCUGAAGUUUGUAAUUAUUUUUUUUCCAGGGAGAAGCUGACUUCCAGAGAAUCAUGUCCAUUGUGGACCCUAACCGUUCAAACUAUGUCACAUUUGAUGCAUUUUUGGACUUUAUGACACGUGAGACUGCUGACACUGACACUGCAGAGCAGGUCAUGCAAUCUUUCAAGAUUCUUGCUGGAGAUAAGGUAUGAUUGAAUUGGCAAUAGAAUUGCAGAAUUUUAUUAUUUUUUAGUAGGGGUGUAAUUAAUAAAUGUAAUGUAUUUCACCAUGUCAGUUGAAGAUUAACUUUUUUAUAGAGCACUUUUUAGUUUAUUUUCAGCUUUAGAGAAGUUCAGUUAGUAACAAAAAUUAAUCUCUAAGUUUUAAUUGCGGCAUCCAUCAAGAAAGAAAGGAUAAAAAAAGCAACAGUUGUAAUUGAAAAUUAACUCUGUUGUAACUCUGAAAAUUAUAGUAUGUAAUGGCUUAGAAUACUAUCAAUAAGAUAAUCAUUGUUGUAUUGUAUUGACUCUACAUAUUACAAAUAGGCAGGCUUCCUGAAAAUCUGUUUGUCUUAAUCCAAAUAAAAGUAAACAAAACAUGCAGGAAUUAAUGGACAAUGUGUGUUUUAUAGUCUUCACAUAAUGUUAAAAAAUGGUAUAAUUGUUAAAAGCACAGUUAAUAUAAGCUACUUUUACUUCAACACUACAACUUUACUGAAAAAAAUGCUGACAUUUUCUUGUUCUUGAAAUCAACAGCCCUAUAUCACAGCACAGAUUUUGAGACAAGAACUACCCCCAGAUCAGGCUGAGUACUGUAUCCAGCGUAUGGCUCCUUACACUGGCCGUGAUGCCGCCCCAGGUGCCCUAGACUACAUGUCCUUUUCAACGGCACUGUACGGGGAAAGUGACCUCUAGACGACGUGGCAGUGACUGCAGCGUUACCUUGUAGCAUAUUGACAGUGGGGGAAAUUAUUGCUUCUUUAUACCCCUCCAAACUCAUCAAUAGAUCAUUGUCCUUCAUAUGCAGCGUAUACAAACGUGUGCAAGAUCAAUAGGGCUUGACUACCUUCAGAAUUUAUAUUUAAAAAAAAAAAAAGAAAGGUAUUUUCACGCAACAUUCACAAAGAAAAAAACGUUUGAGUAUCCUAUUUCAUUGAAUACCAUAAUAUCAUUUGUAAGAAAUAGUUUAAUACAGUAACAUUUAAUUUCUUAUAACGACACAUUAGAACUGUGUGGGACUUUGUUGAUGGUCUGCUAUGCAGGACACUGUAGCACUGCUCCUGGCAUGGAGCCAUAGAGUAGCUUGCUGUAGGGGAGAAAGAGAGUGAGACUAUGCAUUUACAAGCAGAAGGCCCUAGUAUUAACUUUCCUUUUGAAGUGUACAGCAUGCUGAAGUGGAACUUAGUUUACCAGUUGUAUUCUAGAGGUGUUGAUAGUUUAUAUAACUUAUGAUAGGAAUGUCAAGAAUUUAUUCCCAGAACAUUCACACAAAAUUAAUCUGUGUGUGGUGUAUUACGUCUCAAAGUCAUAAGAAUCAUUAAUUUGCAUACUUUAUUAUAAAAUUAUAUUUUAACAAAAAAGUUUUUUGUUUUUUUCACUUCAGGCAAAAGAUAUGAGUAGUUUUUGUUAAUUAGUAUUUUUUUUAAAAAUAUUUAGUAAGAAUUAAUGUGUGGGCUGUUAAUUUAAUCUUUCAAAAAAAUUAUAUGAAUCUACAUUUACCAUAUUUUCAUGCAUUUUAACACCUUUGGUUGUGAACUUACAAACCGUAAGAAAAAGGAAACAACUUAAAAUUGUGCAGUUGUAAGAGCAAGCACUAAAAAUGUUGGCCAACUGGAAGGCUAUGACAUGUCCUGAUUGAAUUUGUGUGAACUAACAGUGCCUUUAUGCUAUGCUACAAGUUGGAUCUCUUGCCCUAUUAACACUUGGUGGAAGAAUCAUAUGCUCCCCCGUCGGCCAUAAAAAAAUAUUAAAUUUAAUGAUUGAGGCCAUUUACACCAGUUAUGUACAUUAUAUUCCUUUUCUAAGUUGUUAAAAAAAAACAUUUCCACCCUCCUGGACGACAUCAAAAAAAAAAAACAAAAACGAAUAUGUCAAUUAAUUGUCAAUGCAUGUCUCUGAAACUCAUCCUCCUCAUCAUUUUAGCUGAGUGACAUUAGCUCUAGGUGUGGGCAUGUAUACCCAGUUUGGUUUGACGACUGAAAAUUUUAUUCCUUUGAAGCAAAGUUUUUUUAAUUUUAAUUUCCAGUGGUGUGUUAUGUUUUUGUGGUUUGUCGUUAAUGUUCAUAGUUGGAAGAAAAUUAAAAUUUAAAAAAAAAACAAAAAAAAAAACGAAAAAAUGAAUAUAUUGAUAAAUGAAGUAUUUAUUGAUUGAACCCAUUUAGACAUGUCCAUUUCCUAUGCCUUAAGGUCGUAGGUUACUUCUUGUCUUACUCCACUCCGUUUGUACAUUUGACCUUUUAACAGAUUGAUAUUUCUGUAGUGUUAUUGCUGCAUUUCUGUACCUUGUUUAGAGCUGUGAAAUCAAACGAACUCUGCUAGAAGGAAGAAGUUGUCAGGAUUUUAAAAGCAAUAUUUUUGAUCAUUAAAAGAAUUUCCAUUGAUCAAAGCUGUAAUGUACAUAGAUUCAAAAUCUUUAAAAAAAACAAAAAAACACCAGAUUUGUUUUAUGUACAUUGUUCUCUUUAGAAAUGGUAAUUAUGGUAUUAUUUUAUUUUACUUUUACUUCUUGUUUUGUUAUUGUUUAGGCCAUGUUUUUAAAUUCUCUGCCCCUAAAAUGAAAAGAACCCUUAACCAAUUCCUGCCACUUUAGGCCACGUUUACCAGUUUUUAUGAAAAGAAAUAACACUUGCAGACAUGGAACAUGUCAUCAGUUGCUGUGGCUGACCACUAAAUCUAGGGCAAGAUCUAGACUUGUGAAAUUUUAUGUAGUUCUUUUAAUGUCUUAAUAAGUUUUAAGACUUUUUUGUUUAGAAUCAACAUUGAAGAACAUUUUAAUUAAUAUUAUUUUUAUUUUAUUAUUUUUUUUUAAAUUAAAAAAAAUUGGUGCAUCUGACAUAAUAGUUGCAUUGAGAGAACUGAACAAAGUAAGGAUUUUAGAUGUAGAGUUCUAGUUUUUAAAAAAAAAAAUGUUUUUGGGUGAAAUUUAAUUGAGUGUAGACAUUAAUUUAAAAGGGCACCUCCAUUUCCAUUGCCAUGUGAUUGUAACUUAGACCCUCUUCCAUUAUCCAUUGUGCGUAUGGAAAUAUGAGCAACCUCGAGGAAGGUAUGAUUUGUGCAAUGAUGAUAUGAUGACAGCGUUUUAUUUUAACCACCGUGAUGGUACCGUACUUUUUUUAAUUCCCAAAAUUAAAUCCUUUGACAGUUGAACUCAUUUGACGUUAAUGAUAUCAAAAAAUGUAAGUGUCUUCUGCCUAGAUUUGAUGUACUGACUGAAUUAUCGUAUGUAAUUUUUGAGACACAUAAAAUUUGAAAGUGAAAGUGAGUGACCAACCUGUGACCACCUCAGAUUUCUUGUUUCUGACGGCCUGUAAUGCCAGACAUAGUAGGGAAGCUAAAGAAGGGAUUGUCUGUACACUGUAUGUGGACUGCUGAUUUGUAAAGAUGACCUAGAGAUUACUUGGGCUGCUGGCUAGCCAGUGUUAGUCCUUUACUGACGAGCCAAUUAUUAAUCAGUCGUCUUUACAGAAGCAACUUUACUGACAAGCCAAUUAUUAAUCAGUUGUCUUGACAGAAGCAACUUUACUGACAAGCCAAUUAUUAAUCAGUCGUCUUGACAGAAGCAAUGUGUUGUCCCGAACCCAAGCUAUUGUAAAAAAAAAACAACCAACUACCAAACUAUUAUUUUAUUGUCUUUUUUUUGUUGUUUGUUCUUCCUUAUUUCCUUUUUUUUUGCUUCCGCGUCAUUGUAGUAUAUUGCAAUUUAUAUCUGUGCUUUUAAAAAAAUUGACUAUUACUAAAACAUGAAGGAUAUUAGAGAUACGUAAUCCAUGUUACUAGUUAUCACAAUUUAUUAUCACCAAAAUCUGUAUCAGUUGGAGAUUGGGUAAACUCUGUUCUUAUUUAUUGUCUCUGUACCCUAUACUAUAUAUACACACAGGUGCAGUUGUUUUUUCUUCCUCUUCUAUCUCCAAGCCAUGAUUUCCUGAAAUAGCUUAAACCAUGUAAUUGUAACUGCUGCUCAUGUUUUAAACAAUUUCUCAACCAAUUUUCAAAAAUAACUAGAAUAUUAAAUAACUUAUCUACCAGAACUCUGUUACAUUGGUUGUUCUUUCUUCUAAUGUCUUUAAUUUAAAAAAAAUAAUUCCUCUUGUUUGUAUAAAAGCACUUAAUUCUGCCCUAUGUUGCACUUUUUUAAUAAUUUAAAGUGGGAAGUAAAAUACCUUUAAAGCUGGGUUAUUUGUAUAGCUUUAGAUAUUAAUUUUUUUAAAGAGAUAUUAAUUUUUUUUUUACCUUUUAAAAAAAAAAAGCCCCCAUGAAAUAAAAUACAGAAUAAAUAGUGUUAUAAAAAUAUGAAUGCAGUUAAAAUCAUCAUUGAAAUUAAAAUACAAAAUGAUUUAACUCCCUAACUGUAAAGUUAGACAUCUACUUAGCGGUACCCAACUUGGGGUUAUGCGUUUAAAAGCUGUAUCGCAAUUUGCUUAGGUACAGGUAAUUAUUGAAUAGUUGGGCUGACGUUGUUAAGACUUAAAGAAAUUAAGAUUUCAAGAAAUGCAGUCACUCUUUUGGAAUAAUUUUGCUAUGCUAAGAUAACUCGUCAAAUGAUAAUCAACACAAUAUAGAACAGGUCAGUUUUAAUUUCCAUAAGAAUUUCAAGUGGAUGUAUCCUUAUAGUAUAGUCAUGUUUUCAUUGUGUGUUAAGGAGCUGUUAUAUAGAUUACCUGCUCAUAUCUGCAGACACCAAGAGAGACUAGUUUAGUUUUGUUAUUUUUAUGUUUUGUCACUAAAUGACCAGAUUAUUUUAGUCAUGCAGGGACGGCCGCCCCAAACCAACUCUGUCCUCCAAAUAGUAACCAAAAUGAAUAAAGUAUGGAAUACCCAUCUAUAGAUUUGUACUAUAUUUUGGGACUUUUUCUUUGCUUUCAAUUAUAUAAUUGCCAUGUUUUUGUGGUCUGUGUUGUCCCAAACUGCCAAGUGGUCUACCUGUAUAGUAU